ACAUGAACAGCCUGGCUUCCUCCCCAUCCCCUCCCUUUGCCCACAGCAGGUACCGUGAAGUCUCAGGGCAGGGACACAAAAGAACUGCCUGUAUAUGGUCGGAUGAGGAGGAACAUACCGAUGGGGAUCGACCAUCAUCUAGCCUUUAUCCCUCUGGCGUUAGUGGUGAUGUUGGUGGUUAUUUGUGGCAGUAGCCAAACAGAGAGCCCUGAAGGGCAGGGGCAAAUCUCACCUUUUCCUCCCCCCUCCGAGCUGGGGCAGUUCCAGGUCCCCCGUGCAGGUUCCCUACCUGGGGAUUUCUCACCCAAGCAGACAUGCAGGUUGCCGCCUGCUGUCCAGGACUGGCAGGGUGGGAUGUGAGGCUUGAUGGUACUGGCGCCAGAUGUUCUGGGUGGCUGGAGAUCCUCCACAGAAGCCGAUGGAGAAGGAUUUCAGUCAAGAUGUGGAAAGAGAAGAGUGCGGAGCUUGCCUGUAAACAACUUGGUUGUGGCUCCCCCUUUGGAAAUUUGGAUCCGUAUGCCAAAGAACCCGAGAAGCAAGAGGUUUGCCUGCUGGAAUGUCAGGGGAAUGAGACAACACUCAGGGACUGCUUAUGGCAUGAGUCUAACUGCACACAUCAUCCAGGUGUGGCUCUGGUUUGCCAAGAUCCUGUGCAAACAUCCACUAUAUCACAACCAACAACAGCACCAUCUGCGACCUCCUCAAAGCCCACUGAUACACCAAUGAUAAUGCUAAAUGAUGAAACCUCACUGUGUUCUGGGACUGUGGAACUAAACUUUGGUGGCCGCUGGGAAAUGGUUUGCCUGGGGUUACAGAAUUGGUGGAAUGGGUUGGCACCCAGGAGCUGCCAAGGUGCAGGCUGUGAAGAUCUGAGAGGACUGAAGGAGCUGAGGGGCAAGGAAUCUUUGCCAGUCCAUUGGGAGCAAGUACAGUGUGAAAGAAGGAACCUUAGCUUGAACUGUUUGGAUGGAACUGAAACAUGCUUGACUAUAACCUUGGUGAAAUGCUUAGGCCAAGAUUCCAAGCCUGGUGGUUCCAGCACAGAGACUGCCUUGGGAAUCCUGCUGGGACUUGUCCUCACUGCUGUCCUUCUAAUGAUCUGUGUGCCUCAUAUCUAUAAAAAAGUAAUGAAGAAAUAUUCCAAGAAGCAGCACCAAUGGAUUGGUCCACAUGGAGCAAACCAAAGUGUGUCAUUCCAUUGCAACAGCUCAGCCACCCUUCAACCACAUCCUCAAAGCCAAUUUAUUCAGAAAGAAGAAACAAAUGCCUUCAAGAGAAACACCCACCUCUCACCCUACGCAGCUCUGGAAGGAACAGCAAACAGAAUUUCCAAUCCCCUGGACAAUUCCUCUGAUAGUGAUUAUGAUUUAUGUUCUGCACAGCCACUAUAAGAAAUGACAGCGCCCUUGUUUUCAAAUGCAGUGAAGAAUCAGAAUUUCUACAAUGGAGCGGUGCUGUAUUAAGAAUCCCCCGUAAAUCCAAGUCUCAAGUCAUGAAGUCUUGUUGAGUGUCACUCUUAAGAGGACCUGGAAAAUUAGGGACCAGAAGAAUAUUCACUCAAUUCCUUGCUCUUGUUUGGCUGAAGAGUGUCAUGACACAAUGAAACACACCAUCAAGGACUUUCAAGCCUUGUGAGGUUUAUCCCUUCCACAGUGACAGCAAAAUAGAGAACUUCUUCCCAUGAGGGACUCCACCAUUUGUGCAGAAUUUGCACAAAACUAAUGCAGAAGCAACACAUACACAAACAAGGACAGAAUGAAAGGUCCAAAGUAUAACUCAUUGGAUGCUUCUAAUUCCCUACAAACUUUUGCAACAAAGCAGAAACCAUUAUAGUUUUGCAAUUACUUAAAUUGUUCUUGCCAGUGUAGGCACUCUUGCUGAGAGUCUCCAAGAGUUAUCUUGACUUUUCACAGGGCCAGGAGAAACUCUUUGCAUUUGGAGGAGAGAAGCAAGGUUUUACAUCCCUAUGGAAAAUGCCAUUUGUUUUUAAAUUUUAGUAGUACACUUGCUAUCACUCCCAGUGGAAUCAUUUUGAAAUUUGGAAUGCCGUUCAGUAAGGGAUGGGGCACCAGGGUACAACAAACUGCCAAAACAUUUGGCAACUAUUAACUGAGUCAAAAAUAGGAAAAAAUAAAUAAGGUUGCAGAAGAGUUCAGCACAUGGACAAGGUAUAGCAUUAUGUGGGUAGGGGAGUGGAGUGGGAGAUCUGACUAGCUUAGUGAGAAAGGAAAUUGAAGUCAAGUACAUAUGUCAUUAUUUGAACACAUCAGGGCUCCUUUUCAACAUUUUUCAAAGCAUGACAGCUUAUACCUGUAUCCAAUGUCCUAUUAUCUAAAGUGGGACACUGGAUGCUUAUAAAUUAUAGAUGUGUCGUUGUUGAGCAAAUACAGAAGCAGGCUGUAUGGUUUUAAAUAACUGUUA